ACGACGCAACACCACGGCCACGGCCAGUAACGCGACGUCACUGCACGUAGCGCGAGGGAUUCCGUUCCAAUAGCAAGAUCGAACCGCCGGAGAAAGCGAUCUGCACAGCGGUUGUGAUAUAGGAAGGGAGUGACAAAGAGAGAGAGAGAGAAACCGAGAGAUAUAAACUGUGUGAAGGAAAGGUGAAAUUGCGAGUGUGCGUGAUCCCAUGCGAGCGGAACAGAGACCGCAGAGUCCGCCGGCCUGAAAGAAGCGGUAAAAAGAAAGCGUCUGCACACGGGGCACGAUCGUGACCAAAACUGGGGCCUCCGAACGGUGCCGAUCCGGAGCAGUGUGGUCAAUUCCGACGCAAGACGCAUACGAGCAAGACCGUCUCGAGCAGCACCGGCAAACGGGCGUCGCGAGUGCUACUUUCUUUUUCGCGGUCUUACGCAUUCGCUUCUGCGCAGGCGACCGAGUGUGCCCUAGUGUGUGGAGCAGAAUCAGCCAAGUCGCAAACCGAACGCACGCGCUUAGCGAACGCGUGCCAUUUGUUUGUCAUCAUCGUGUGUUUGUUCUGUGUUGUGUGGCUUUUGUUUUCUCGGCAUCCGGAAACAAGAACGACGUGCCGGAAACAUAGAGUGAGCUUUGAGAAGAGUGAUAUUGUGGGGUUCCUAGUGGAAAGAACUGAACGCGCGCGUAAGCAACGAACCCUGUUCGUUCUCCAGUCCAGGGCUGGUGACUCCAGGAACUUUAACGCGUUCCACCGCUAAGGGAAAGUUCAAGGUUCUCUUUCCUUGGAAUCUCGGGUGAAAGUGACCGUCGGGCGAACGUACUCGACGCGCACGCCCACGGCCGAGACGCUACCAUCCGGAUGCGAUCCGGACGAUCCGGACGGGCAUAACAUUUCGAACAACGGCGGGAGCCCGGCAGGAACAUCGCUCUAAGUGCUCGGGGCAGGGGUAGAAUAAUCACCCCAAAACCGGAUCUGACGUCCUUAUCGUACCAUCGGGAAAAAUUGUGUUCGGUGGCGGCACAGACGCACCACAAAACGGCCCACCGCUGUCAAUUAACUGACAGGAGGGUGUGAUUACUGUCCGUAGAAUCUGUGGAAGAAGAACCCAACAGUGACUCGAGGUGUAGAAAUUGUAUCGGGCCCGGUGUGGAUUCAUUAGCCUCCCGAAAAAGUCCUAUCCUCGGCUGCCGCUCCCACCUGCUGCGUGUGUUUGUGUGUUUUACCUGUGUUCUACCUGUAGACCGGUGCCAGUGUCAGUGACUGUGCGUGAUAACUCAUCUUACACCCCUCAACAAUUGCCGCCGGACGGGGAGUGCGAUGGCGACUGCUCAGUGCCGGCAAGGGGCCUGCUGGAUGCUGCCGCUCGUGGUAGCUAUCCUGGCCGGAAUCGCGCUGCUGACCGCAUCCGUAAAUGGGUUAAGUUCAACAGGUGAAAGAGAGAGCCGAAAACUUUUCGGUGGGUACCGAAUUACGCCAAAGUUCUGCAAUGCUACGCGGUCGCUGCUGAAACGUGAGCCGGAACGACGUGGCCCCACGAUCUGCAUGUUCAAUCACGAAUGUUUCCAGCGGCAGGGUGAAGUCGUGGGUGCCUGUAUGGAUGGGUUCCUGUUCGGGACCUGCUGCGAGUUGCCGCUGACGAAGGAUACGCUGGCGACGGGCGCACUGAUGGAGCAAAUCAACACCACCGAACAGUCGGCCCAGUCGUCGCUCAGUUCAGCCAUUGCCAGCCAGUAUGAAAAGUUUGGCAGCCAGAUGACGAGCGGUGGCUAUGGGGAGGGUACGGUGCACGUGGAACAGGACCCACCGAAGCCGGAUUCGCUGGAAACGGACACGAGCGGAGGGUAUACGGCGAGCAGUGAAAAAAUUAAACCACUGUUUACGAAAAUCCAGAACAACAACUACAUCGUGAAUGAUGAUCUGGACGAGGACAUUGUGCUGAACAGUAUCAGUGCGAACAAGUACGAUGUGGCGAGUGAUGCGGUGUCUGUGUACUCGCCGUCCACCAAUAAGAUUAAGACGGAAAGCGAUGAGCUGCCUUCGUCUUCGCUCGGUUACCCAUCUACGACGGAAUCGGACGAGACACACUACGUGCAGGUGAACAAGGAUGGUGUUUAUAGUGCGGAGAUUCCUUCACUGCUGAGUGCGUACGGUGAUACGGGUUCGAGUGAAACUAGUGGUGCUGGAUCAUCUUCCAUAUCGACGGAAACGAGUACCGACAUCACGGCUACCGGUGUGCAACAAAUUGCCAACCAGAUCUUCCAGGAGAACAGCCAGUUCUUCGACCACAGUGACAUUACACACCCUGCAGCCGAGACGGAUCUUCUCAACGAGCAUGGGGUUGUUGACCAGAGCUACGCAAAUCCGAAUGAUUUUUCUGGAGUACCGCAGGCAUCUCAAGCCGUGCCGCAACAGUCAGCUCCAACGGUAAAGCCUGUGAAGGUGACCUACCCAAAGCCACAGUUCAAGCCUCGUCCGAAACCAACACAACCGAGUUCAAAUGAAGCUGCUGGUAGUAGCCAGUACGUCCUAGUGCAGACAAUCUCGAAUGACACUAAAAAUGAUACCCAAUCCAAGCCGACUGUUUCCAUGAACAAUAUUCCCUCGAUCGAAUCGAUCAUUCUUAUGCUGAACGAUUCGAAUGUUGGUCCACAGUACGAAACCGAUGAUGCCAAUGCAACGAAGGCUUCGUUUGAGGCAUCUACUGCACCGUCCACGUACGGUACGGCUUCGAUCGACUACGACAAGUACGGACCGACCAGCUUCUACAUCACCAAGCCACAAAAGACUGAGGCACCGACCGUGACGCACACCACCAGCAAUGUCCCUUCCACGAGCUACGUCUACAGUCCGAAGCCCACAAAGCGACCAACUUUGGCGCCGGUUGUAGUACAGGCCACUCUGCUAACGAACAGUGCCGUUUCCUAUGGAGGAUCUGCUUCACCACAAAGUGAACCGCUACCCUCGUCGACACACCGACCACCACCGACGAAGAUCAUAGUUUCAUCGAGCACCUCCAAGCGACCGGUUCUUAUCACAACCGACACACUGGCUAGCAGUGGCUAUUACACCGGACCAACAAGGCCCGCAUCCACUGUGGCCGUUUCUUCCGUGCAGCCGACGAAGAAGAUCACAACGAUUGCUACUAAACGUCCGAUCGCCACCACGAUCAAACUGCCAGAGUAUAUCGUACAAUCUUCGACACUGUCUCACCAGAACCCAUCCACGUUGGCCAACGUUAACUACAUUCAGAUUGCAAGUGCAUCUGAUAAUCCAUCGCCUACAGUACACAUCACUCCGAAGCCGGUCGUGGGACUGGUUACUUCUUCCACGUGGAACAACAACCACAACAACAAGAUAGGAUCGUCGGUAGCACCGAGCAGUUCUCGGCCCGGUUUCUACGAGAACACACCACCUGUCUACAUGUCGUCGAUCGGGGACUUUGAGGAUGAGGGCUACUUUGGAUCAACUAGCCGACCGGCCUUAGACAACACUGUGACCUCCACCGCCAUCUACACAAUCGUGGACAGCAACAACAACAAAAUCAGUAACUUUGCCUCUUCCACGUACGCUCCAUAUGGACCGACUGCAUCGUAUGGUUCCACGCCAUCGUACCCAAUCGGAAACCGUGUACCACCGAAACAACCCAGCUUGCAAACGUACGGACCACCGGCAGUUGUCGAGGUAUCCACACUCAAGAACGAACUGUACACUACGCCAGAUGACAUCAACAACUUCCCGCCGGUGCGCAAUCCUAACCUGAAUCUUACCGACCCUACCACCAUGUCGAACAUCACGAAGAUCGAGAACGGUAUCUACGGAACUCCGGCUAGCGAGGAGGACAAGGUCAACAUGCUGGUCAACAAGAUUGUGCAGACGUUCAAUGGCAACUUUGAGGAGCUGGAACAAAUUCUGAAGGAGCGUAAAAAUCUAACCAUCACCAGCACAGCUGGAUCACUGGCCGCUACUACCGCCGUUGCGCCUACAUCAGUUUCGUCUACCAGCGAAGGAUCGGCUCCCACGUCCAGUACGACUCCAAAGCCCAAGAAGAAGAAGAAGCGUCCGAGUGGAAAUCGAAAGCCUGCCAACGGAACCACCACUAGCUCCGGAAGCUCCACAAAGAAACCUACCGCCAAGCCUACCGUACUGGCCGAUAGUGCUGUCAGUAACGCAACCUCCGUCAAACCAUUGUCUCGCCCUUCCAAGAAACCGACCAAGGUACGACGCCCUAGUAACUCCACCAAACCAACCACCGGAUCAAAGCCUACCUCCGCAACCACACUCAGCAAACCGAUCGCCAACGACAGUCCAGCAAAACCGGCCAAACCGUCCAGCACGAAACCGAAGCCUUCAACGUCGGCCAGCAGUAGCAGCAGUACCGCAUCCGGUUCGCGACCCAAACCCUCGACAUCUCCGAAACCAUCGGCAGCUGCCAGCACGACCAAGAAACCGGUCCGCGCGUCCACCACCAAGCGGCCAACGCGCAAACCGAGCACCCGACCGACGCUGGCCGAUGCCGACCUCACCACGACCCAGCUGACGACGACGCGCAAACCCACCAAAGUUACGAAGCGCCCCACCAAACGCCCAUCCUCGACGACGACGACCACCACCGCCGCCCCGGAAGACGAAACGAUCGACGAAGAGGAGAACGCCGUGGACGGUGAGGACGAGGAGGAGGAAGAGGACGAGGACGUUGGUGAGGAGACGAACGAGACGGUGGACCAGCAGCCCGGAGGAGGAAGAAAGAUUCUUUGUGGCCAGCGGCCGUUGAUGAAGAGUGGACGGGUGGUGGGCGGUAAGGCAUCGAAGUUUGGCGAAUGGCCCUGGCAGGUGCUUGUUCGGGAGUCGACCUGGCUUGGACUCUUCACCAAGAACAAGUGCGGUGGUGUGCUGAUCACGAACGAAUACGUCAUCACUGCUGCCCACUGUCAACCGGGCUUCCUUGCCUCGCUGGUGGCCGUGUUCGGAGAGUUCGACAUCUCUAGCGACCUGGAAACGAAGCGCUCCGUCACGAAGAACGUGAAACGUGUUAUCGUUCACCGGCAGUACGAUGCAGCCACCUUCGAGAACGAUCUGGCCAUCCUGGAGCUCGAGAAUCCCAUCCAUUACGACGUUCAUAUAGUGCCAAUCUGUAUGCCGGGCGAUGAGGCUGACUUUACCGGGCGCAUGGCAACCGUGACGGGUUGGGGCCGGCUAACCUACGGUGGCGGUGUACCCUCCGUCCUGCAGGAAGUUCAGGUGCCGGUCAUCGAGAACAGCGUCUGCCAGGAGAUGUUCCACAUGGCCGGACACAACAAGAAGAUCCUACCAUCGUUCGUCUGUGCCGGUUACGCCAACGGAAAGCGAGAUUCUUGCGAGGGUGACAGUGGUGGUCCGUUGGUCCUGCAGCGUCCCGAUGGCCGGUACGAGCUGGUCGGUACCGUGUCCCAUGGUAUCCGGUGUGCUGCCCCCUAUCUGCCCGGUGUCUACAUGCGAACAACCUUCUACAAACCCUGGCUACGAAGCGUUACUGGCGUGAAAUAACAUCCCCAGCCGACCGGACCGCCGACCGCCGGCUAACAGAACCUGGUGCUAGUGUGCAUGUGCAUCCGAAAGACAAGGAUCGGUGUGCACCAUGGGUAUAAAGGUGUUUAUAUGUGUGUGUGUGCGUGUGUGCUUGUAUGAAAGCAAGGAUCUACAAAACUUCUCGUGUGGAAGCAUGAAUGAGCGCGUGUGUGUCUGUAUGUAUGCCCACUUGUAUGUAUGUAUUUGAGUAUGGGAUUUAUGUCCCUAGACAAAAACCCUUCACCGGGAGUGCAUCCCGAGUGCGGGGCUUUGAGUGUGUGCGAUAGCGAUGGUUAGCAAGUGUGUAACACACGUAGCAAAAAGAUUAGGUUUAACCUGGCUUCACAGAUAGAGUACGGAAUGCGCUCUCCGAAUGCAUAGGUAGUAGAGACGGUCGGUGUAUGCAUCCCGGACAAACAAUUGCACAAAAAGGGUUUCAAUGCGCUAAGAAGAGGUAAUAGUGGUAUAAAGGUAUGAUAUAUUUUGGCGAUAGCGAGCCGGAGAGUAAUAGGCAGGAAAAGAGGACAAAUUGCAUUCAUAGUGCAUCUGUUAGGGGAUGUGAUUCGGUGAGUCAUUGUUAAGCGUAAUUUAUAUUAAUUUAUUAAACAUUGUUGUUAGUGGUUCAAACUAUUUAUUAAUGGAUAUAUUUAUUUCUGACGCUUCUGGCGGCCAGUGUCUGCGUGAUGCCGGUGCCGCAGCAAGCAUUAAGGUGCAAGGUUAGAGGACCAGGCGCAAAGGGUCCAGCCCGUUAGAGGUGGCUCCAAACAAUUGGAAAGAUAGCAGAAGAAGCGUCAAACAAAUUCAAACCGGUGUAGAAAACGAUCAUGUGAUUAUUUUAAUUUAACAUACAAAACAAACACGUUAAAAUAUAGAAUGGUUAAAACUGUAGAGA